AUGGCCCUGACUCCCGACAAGACAAUAAUCGCGGCCCCCUCCCGCUCCUGCCUCCCCCGUCCUGCCUCCCCCCUCUCUCCGUUAUUACUACCCUCCCCACGGAGAUCACACCAGCAGGCAGAGACACAGACACUGGGGCGAUGGGAGAGGAGAGAGGAGAGAGAGAGGACAGGGGAGGAGAGAAAAGAGGAAGAGGAGGAGGGAGAGAUGGAGCAGAGGAGACAGAGAGGAGGACGGAGAGAGAAUAUGAAGGAAGUGGAGGAGGAGGAGGACGGAGGGAUGGAGGAGGUAGAGAUGGUGGAAGAGGAGGGAGAGGAGGUGGAGGAAAGGGAGUUAGGAGGAAGAAGAGGAAGGGGAGGAAAUGAGAAAAGAGAGAGGAGAGAGAGGAGGGAGAGAUGGGGUAGAGGAGAGUGA